GCGGGUGGCAUUCUCCGGUCAGUUCACCGGCGAGCCUCCAAAAAGCCACAGGCAGCAGUUAGAUAGACCGGCUCAUCCACCCGGCCACCGUUUCCGAGCUUUUUCCCAACAGUUUCUCGUAUAAACCCUGCCUGCUUCCUCAGAUCGUCCGAAUCAAUCCAAUCCAACCCAUUCCACCAAGAACUGUCCAAGAUGGCGGGGCGCAUGCUCGGGGUGGUUGCCGUCCUCGUCGCGACGGCGACCCUCUGCUCGGCACAGACGACAACGACGGUGCAGCCGAUGAUGAUGCCGACGUGCGCGCCGGUGCCGCUCAGCCUGUCGCCGUGCAUCGGCUACCUGUUCGGCUCCGGGACGGCGGCGCUGCCGUCGUGCUGCUCGCAGCUCCAGGCCUUCUUCCAGUCCCAGGGGCCCUGCCUGUGCGCCAUGUCCAAGCUCGCGCCCAGCUCCUUCGGCCUCGUCCUCGGCCAGGUCCAGGGCAUGAUCCCCAACGUGUGCAACCUGCCCACCGACCCAUGCCAUGAUGUCGCCGGGGCGAGCAAUUCGACCGACGACUCGACGCCGACAACCACAAAGGCCGCCGCGGCUCCAGAAGCGGCACCUCCGGCAGCGGCCACUCCUGCCGAGCCUGAGCCUGCAACCACGACAUCGACGACCCCGGAGAGUGCUGCUGCGGCUGAAGCUCCGCCGGCAGCAGCAGGUGACGAUUCUCCGGCUGUUACCACGGCCACAGGGCAGGUUGCUCCCCAAGGCGCAGGAGCCAGCACCGAUUCACAGGGAAUAUCAAAGCUCCCAGAACUGCUGCACGCAGCAGGGGCGCCGAGCUCUGCCGCAGCCACCGUGCUCAUCAGUGUGUUCCUUGCCUAUGCUUCGGCCAUGUUUCUGUAACCUAGCCAUAGACAUUACCAGCAAAUGUAUCGCUGUACCAUACGAUGCGGCGUAGAUUCACGCGGCUGCGCCGUGUUCAUACCAUGUUGCAGUGAUAAUGUUACAGUUCAUGUGUUGAAGCAAAGCAAA